AUGUACCCUAAGCACCCCACGUCGAUGGCAGCGUCACUAAUGAGCUACAAAUCUGGCGGUCGUCUGUUCAAAGAAGCCGAGGCGGCGAAGAGCGUACCAAAGAGCGAAAGCGUCGCCAUCAAGGUACAGGAGGAUCUAAGAGCUUACUGGCUAAACAGUGGGAAAACACCUUUUGACUUGCUGACCGAGCUCGAAUUUGGGUAUGCGGUAAUCUACAAGAAGUUCCACUACAAAACCGUUUUGGAGAAGCCGCAGUUUCAUACGUGGUCCAAGUACUUGGAAGAUUUCAACGCGAAGUAUCCUGAUCAGAAGACGGCAAUGCUCGAGGCGUUAACGCGGAAAUUCGAUGACUCGGACGUGGCAAGGAUGAUUCAAGUAGCAAAGGCUGAAGGGUCCACGCGAAACAUCGCCGCCAAAUUGGAGACUGCGCAACUGGAGAUGUGGUGGAGCAGCGGGAAAUCUGCCGAGGACGGGCUCAAACUACUAUGGAUAAAUUUUGAUCCUGGAUUUACUACCGCUCCCCUCGUACAUGGAUAA